CACAGUUGGUUCCCCUGGACUUGCGGUGGCUUAUUAGCUCACAAUCCUCCCAUCCCACCAAAGCACAAAGCAAAAAGCAACUGCGCCCCACACAAAACCCGAACAGCUUACGCUUACCCCAUAGUCGUACCGUAGAAUCGAAUCAAGCCCUAAAGCUUUUUGCGUGAUUCUAACAAUACUACUACCACAGUAAGAGACACCACAAACUAUUCCAGAACUCCAGUAUUGCUUGCUUCUAGCAAAGAGGCACCAUGAUGAAUGUACCCCCAGGAGAAGGCAAGGAGAGUCCCACAGAAUCGAGUGAGCGAACUGAACAAACACAAGCAGACGAGCUUAGCCAGCCUGCAAGGAUGCCUCAGGACCGAAAGAGAGCCGCCCAAGAAGCCAACUUGGACAGCGAGGACGAAGAGGAUGAGCAGCAAGAGGAGGGAUCAGCGACCUUAUCGGUGGACGCCGAAGAGGGAGAGGAGGACCGAAAGCCAAGCCCCGACAAGCCCGAAGAAGAGGAGGAGGACUCCUCUUCUGAGGAUGAAAACUAUGUGUUGGACCAGAAUCGGUUUCCUGACAAGGUCCGGUAUCUGUUGGACGAACAGAUUGCACCCGACGCAAUCUGGUGGCUUCCUGAGGGAGACGCAUUGGCUGUCAACAGGGACGCCUUCUCCAUGCAGCUCCUGAUCAGGCACUUUCGAGGCAACAAGUUCUCCAGUGUUACGCGAAACUUCAAUCGAUGGGGCUUUCGGCGUGUACCGGACGAACGAGUUCCUGAAGGGGUGCUGGGCUAUACCCAUGACAAGUUCCUGCGCGGAAGACCUGGUCUCCUUAAGAAGUUGAAGAAGGAGGUUUACAUCAAGAAGGAGAAGGAUGACAAGGACGAAGGAGGGGACAAGAAACAGCCCCGGAAGAAGGCCCGAACUAAGGGCUCGCCUCGCAAGGCGCCACCAUCUGCAGCUACCCAAGCAGCACUAGGGGCAGAAGGUCCUGGGCUACGAACCGACCGUAGUGGGUCUCUUGCCCUACAAAGCCAACUGUCGGCAGACCUGGCGUUGUCUUCGGCAGCAACUGCCAAUCGAGCAGAUCAGAUUGUCCCUCCAACAGGUGCUCCCCCCGCUUCGUUGCUGCAAAGGUACGAACAAGAGAACGCUCGGUCUAUGCUGGGAGCACUCGGCCGCGAGACGGCUACGAGUGCAUCUUCGUCGCUUGCUCAACGCUUGGCAAUUCUCCAGAGCAUUGGAAGGGACCAACACCCAUUGACUGCCGCGGAAGUUCACCGGCUGUCUGCCAUUCAGAAUUCAGCCCCAGCUGACGCUGGCCUCAGGCUCACGGCUAUACAGGACUCCUUUCCCAUGAGUGAUGCUGCACGUUUGUCGAUGCUUUCAGCAGGGACAGACCAGAUGGAUUCUCUUCAAGCUCGUCGUCUCGCCGCUCUCCAAGCUUCUACUGUAGAACAGCCGGACCCCUGGCUCGCCAUGAUGGCAUCUUCGCGCGGUCAAUCGGCGUCGUCUCUACAGCCUGCCUCCAAUUCAAUGUUCCCCCCGGGCUCUCAACAAGGUGGUUUGAACUCGUCUGCUUUUCGACAACUUCCUGGAUCUACUGGAGGCCUUCUCCAAAAUGAAGAUCUCCUUCAACGGCUUUCUCGGCAGAGACAACUCGACGCGCAUCAGCAACUACAGCCUUCCUUCCCAACACUUCCGCAGGGGCGACGAAGCAUAUCGUCCCUCGACACAACGGACCCGGCCGUCCUCCGGCUGCUUGCGUCACACAAUCGAAUCCCUGAUUCGCUCUCAGGCUUGUCAAACCCAUCAGCGGUUUCUGAAAGGUUUGGCCAAGAUAUCUUCCUGAGAAACCGUCGCUCCUCGCAGCAGCUCGAUGCCAGCCAGUUGCGCUCACUUACCUCCCCUACGAACCAACUUCCGUCGCAAGUGUCCACCCUGACGGACUACGCUGGUCGUAACCAUGCAGACAUCACCGCGCAACUGUUGCAACCGCAGCUUCAGCAAUCGCUGCUACACGGGGCUAUGAAUGCCGGCGAGCAUGGCAUCAACGGACAGAUGAUGUUUCGGCCUCAACCUGGAGGAGUCCACCCACGCUUGGGCCGACUUUCCGUGGCUGGUCCCCAUGGACAGAUAGCCUUUGAUGAUGAAGCUUUGAGACGAGAACAGAUGGAGAGACGAGAAGAAGCCAAGAGAGGAGGCCUGUAGAGGUACAGGCUGGGAAAACGACAUGAAAUCUUCCGUACGCAUUUUUGGCAUUAUAAUUCAUAAUUUUACUUUAGCUCAUAUACCAAUACUGUAGC